UUUUUCCCUGAAGUACUGCAGAGCCACAACAGCACCGUAAAAAUCUCCUGUUACUGUAUCAGUUCUUUUUACACCCCAGUGGGAUACCAUCAAAUAUUUUCCUAUAGGAUACAAACCUAUAGAUACAAAUAUUAAUUCUUGCUAUGAGAGCAUAUUCCUAUAAUUUCCCAGCGUCGUUCUACUAAUAGAUCUGAGCAGACCCUCCUGUGCCCUGAGCCCUCCAGCAGAGCCCUCCGUAUUGCCCAGUAAUUUUUAGGUUGGCUCACCGCCCUUGGCAAAAUGGACAAUGCCCACAGGGAGAGGACGUCACUGGCCAAAGGUGCUAAGGACAUUGCUAAGGAGGCCAAGCGGCAUGCAGUGAAGAAGGUGACCCAGGUUGUGGACCGGGCCUCAGACGAGUACUCUCAGCGCUCCUAUAGCCGCUUCCAGGAUGAAGAGGAAGAAGAGGGUGACAAGUAUUACUAUUAUAGGCCGGAGGACGACCAUGGGGGUGAUGAAGAAGAGGGCUCCAGUGACGCCACUGAGGGCCACGAUGAGGAGGACGAGAUGUAUGAGGGGGAAUACCAGGGCAUCCCAGAGGGAUGUCAGGCUCAGGAGAAGCAGAUGGCCAUGGGGCAGCCGGUGUCGGACAGCGCGAAGGAGCGCAGCGAGCUGGAGUCGGAGCGCCGGGCCGACGAGGAGGAGCUGGCGCAGCAGUACGAGCUCAUCAUCCAGGAGUGUGGUCACGGCAGCUUCCAGUGGCAGCUCUUCUUCGUGCUGGGCAUAGCACUCAUGUCGGACGGCGUGGAGGUCUUUGUGGUCGGCUUCGUGCUGCCCAGCGCCGAGACAGACAUGUGUGUGCCCAACUCAGGGGCUGGCUGGCUGGGCAGCAUGGUGUACCUGGGCAUGAUGUUGGGGGCCUUCUUCUGGGGGGGCAUGUCGGACAAAGCGGGUCGCCGGCAGUGCCUCCUCAUUUGCCUGUCUAUCAAUGGCUUCUUCGCCUUUUUGUCCUCCUUCGUUCAGGGCUAUGGCCUUUUCCUCUUCUGCCGCCUGCUUGCAGGGUUUGGGAUCGGAGGGGCGGUUCCCAUAGUCUUCUCCUUCUUUGCGGAGGUGCUGGCGCGGGAGAAGCGGGGAGAGCAUCUGAGCUGGCUCUGCAUGUUCUGGAUGAUCGGGGGCAUCUACGCCUCCGCUAUGGCCUGGGCCAUUAUCCCGCACUACGGGUGGAGCUUCAGCAUGGGCUCGGCCUACCAGUUCCACAGCUGGAGGGUGUUCGUGGUCGUCUGCGCCCUGCCCUGCGUCUUUGCCGUCGUCGCCCUCACCUUCAUGCCGGAAAGCCCCAGGUUCUAUCUCGAGGUGGGGAAGCAUGAUGAGGCCUGGAUGAUCCUCAAGCAGAUCCAUGACACUAACAUGAGGGCACGUGGGCAGCCGGAAAAAGUUUUUACAGUGAACAGAAUCAAGAUCCCGAAGCAGAUUGAUGAGCUGGUGGAGAUGCAAUCUGAGACGGGGAACCCCAUCUCCAAGGUCCUGUUCAGGACUAAAGCCGAGUUGCAAGGGAUCUGGUUCACCUUUAUGAGGUGCUUCAACUACCCAGUGAAAGACAACACAAUAAAGCUUGCUAUUGUAUGGUUCACUCUGUCUUUUGGGUUCUAUGGCCUGUCUGUCUGGUUUCCAGAUGUCAUCAAGCACCUACAGGCAGAUGAGUAUGCAUCCAAAGUGAAGACCCACAACAAUGAGCGCAUAGAGGAUUUCACAUUCAACUUCACCCUGGAGAACCAGAUUCACACCAAUGGGAUGUUCAUCAAUGACAGAUUCAUCAGCAUGAAGUUCAAGUCGGUCACAUUCAUUGACUCCACCUUCCGAAACUGCUACUUUGAUGAUGUCACAUCUGUAGGGUCCUACUUCAAGAACUGCACUUUUAUCGAAGGCUUUUUCUACAACUCAGAUAUUGAUGACAGCAAGCUGAUUAACACAGAGGUGAUUAACAGCACCUUCCAUCACAACAAGACGGGCUGUCAGAUGACAUUUGACGAUGACUACAGUGCCUACUGGGUCUAUUUUGUCAACUUUCUGGGAACGUUAGCUGUUCUACCAGGAAAUAUAGUAUCUGCACUGCUCAUGGACAAAAUAGGCCGCCUGACCAUGUUAGGUGGCUCUAUGAUCCUGUCAGGAAUCAGUUGUUUCUUCCUCUGGUUCGGGACCAGUGAGUCCAUGAUGAUUGGCAUGUUAUGCCUCUACAAUGGUCUAAGCAUCUCUGCCUGGAACUCAUUGGAUGUGGUCACUGUGGAGCUUUACCCUACAGAUAGGAGGGGGACUGGAUUUGGAUUCUGUAAUGCGCUGUGUAAGCUUGCAGCAGUGCUUGGGAACCUGAUUUUCGGGUCACUCGUGGGCAUCACCAAAGCCAUCCCCAUCCUGCUGGCCUCCUCCGUGCUGGUCUGCGGGGGCUUGGUGGGGCUGCGGCUGCCAGACACCAGACCCAACGUCCUCAUGUAACCUGCUACCGGCUGUGAAGACGGGCCCUCUCUCUGCAGCGGAGAUGGCAUGGAGCGGCAGAAUGACCUGAAGCAUGGCAGUAUCCGUGUCACUAAAUACCUGCUUAUUUAUUUCCUCUUUAUUGAUGUUUUCAUUUUGUUGCCACACAGCCAGUGCAGCACUUAGCAAUCAGUGCGUCAUAGUGUGGUUCCGACGAAUCCAUGGCUAUUCCAUACUGAUAACAUGCUUUCCCUCUUCUUCAAAUGUGCUAGUGACUGCAUUGGCUACUCAGCAGCUGGGACAGCAGCGGUGCCUGAAAAGAACUUGAAAACAGACCAUACUGAGCUUCCCGUGCAUUGUCAUAGAAGCUGCUGCUGUUUAUCCACAUAAGCUAUGAUAAUUUAUUCUGAUCGAAAGCAGCUCGCUUUCCUUUUCUGAAUCUGACAAAAUAUCAGAAUUGCAUUUGCUGCAAAAUAGGCCUGUAGGUAGAAAUAAAUUUUGUAGGGGGAUCCGCCAACACUCCAUUUCUUUAACUACCUGGCUAGGUGCCUGAAUGCUGGGGGGGGGGGAUUCAAAUCCGUUAUUUUACUACUUGGCUAUUGCCUGGCUGCAACAGCAGACCAGCUCGGUUGAAUGAAGAAGACUGUGAUAUAGCUUAUCACAGCUAUGUGAGUGUGAACUGGUUCCAUGUUACAUUAUUGAUGUGUGCUAGCAUUUUGAGCAUUUUACAUUAAGCAAUAGGAAGAUAGGUAUUUUAAGCCAUUAAAACCAGUUUACAUUAAAAACAUAUUAUAUUUCAAGUAUUAUUAAUGUGUAGAUGCAUAGUGAAAUGUUGGGUUACAUAUUUCUGUGUUGUAACAAGAUUUCCUGUUUUUGUUGGCUUUCAUUUAACAAUUUUGGAAUAACAAUACAUUUUCUUUUCUUGUUUCUCUUCCUGAUGAAUUGAUGCUGUACACAAAGGACCUUAGUUUUGUCCAGUGGCACAUGCUGUGAAAGGUGGGGUCCUGUCAUGUCAGUCUCCACUGCUGCAACAUUUUACAACAUGUUUGUAAACAUCUAUCUCCUUCAGUAAAAUGUCUUUCUCCUCGGAUUUUGACAGUGUUCAUAAAACUAUGUGUCUGGACAGACACGUGUCUCGUUAAAAGACAAGGAAGCUGACCUAAAUUAGUAGGUAAGCAGGUAACACUUCACUUGAGGGGGCACAAAUGAUGUAGUAGUACUCUGUUAAUUAACAUAUGCAGUAAUCAGAAAGUGUUAGUUAUGUACUGAUCCCAUGUUCGGUUAAGCAAUAACAUACAAGAGGGAGUGCGGUUGUACUCCAAUAUAUCAUGGCUGUGAUUCAGUCGUAAGCCAAAGAUAAUCACAGCCAUGAUAUAUUGGAGUACAACCACACGACUUUGAGUAUACUAUUACUUUUAUACAACAGUUCAUCGAGUCUCGUUUCUAAGAUAACAGUUAUAAGACAUAACAGAUAAUACUUUGCUUGAUUAUUUAUUUAAACAUUUACGGGCCACCACAAAUAAGAAACAAAUUGUUCCCACCAGCCAACUGUUGAUUGCUGCCAAGCAACAUGAACAUUCCAUCACAACACAGCUCACUUGCCGCCCAACUACUUUGCACAAUUGAAAUAAAUAAGUAAUUGUUUUUAGAUACACCUGAAAACCGGAGUGAUACAGCUGAUAUGAAAUGUCCGAGUGCAGUUGUACUGUGACCUCUUGUCUAAUCAGAUUUCUUGGUCGGAACUAACUGUGGUAUAAUCAUCAUUAAUCAGUCAUAACAGUGUCAGCAUUUGUGUAUUUCAUUUUUUUAUUAAAUAGAAGCUCGCAAUAAGGGUUACUGUCAGACAUAAUUUCCUUAUACGCUUUAAAGCAAUGUUUCCCAACCCAGUUCUUUGGGGACCUCGGACAGUCCAUGUUUUUGCUCCCUCCCAGCUCCCAGCCAAUCAGGAACACCGAAUACCUGGCACAGGUGCGCUGGGAGCUGAGAGGAAGCAAAAACGUGGACUGGCCGGUGUUCCCCCAAGGACUGGGUUGGGAAACACUGCUUUAAAGAACAUUGAUGAAACCCUCUUGCAAUAUUACAGCACUAGAACAAUGCACAGCUGUCUAACUAGCUGUUUACAGACAGAAGUUCAGGGGUACUGUUCCUUCACUAUGCUGCAUCUUAAAAGUAGCAUCCCGAACCACAAGACUACAUACUGCCUCUUAGAUUACAGGCUCUUUGCAAAUAAUACCUCAUCUAUAAAAAUUGUAGUUCACCACAUAAGGUACCUUUUGCUACAGAUAUAAAACUACAUGGAGCAUGAGUCAUGUGUUUUCUUUAAUAACGGAUUGCUUGAAUAAACACAUUUAAAUAAUUUUAACAUAUUUCAAUAUAAUAAGACUUGUAUGCAAUGACCAAAAAGCUGUUGUAUUUUGACCCAAGUAACAUCAAAUAUUUGUUUGCUGUUGUAGUGCUGCAAGCAAUGUUGGUUUACACAGCUACAGCAGACCCACUUUUGUUUCACAAAAAGCUCAAAUCCCAUCUCAGACGUGACUGUACUGUACUCCUAGUUUACAUAGGAACGAAGCCUGCAAGACAGUGUGUGUCAUACAAAAAAAUACCACGCCAUCAAUAAUUUCAAUUGGGGGCUGCUUUAUUCAAGGGUUUCAUUUAUUGAUUUGUACUCUCAUUUAUUUAUAAGCUAUGGGUAACUCGUGGAACUGCAGACCUCACAGGGCUCCAUCAGUCUUCAUCUGUACUUACACUGAAAUAACUGAAGGCAUUCUCCCCAGAUUCUUAAGCCGUGCAUGCGUUUACAGUACCUGUUUUAGUUGGUGUUCUGUGUACGUGUUUCCUUGCUCUUUCGAACAGCGGAAAAAAAAUGUUAAUUUGAUAAAAUGUGAAUGUUUCAUUCCUGUUAGCUUCUCUGUCUUGGUUCUCUGUUGAAAAGAAUGUGUGUUUGUGAGAGAGCAUGCCAGCCAAGGGAUGGACAUGAUGUACAGAACAGUUCUAUAAAGUAUUAGAAGUGGGUAUAAAAUUAUUUGCCAAAAAACUCUUCGUGGUAUUAUUUCA